AUGUCUUGCAAGGCCGUGUCGCGCAUUCCGCCGAGCACCCUGACGUCGCUGCUCCCGCGCGCCCUCGACCCGCGCGUCGCCGUCGUCGACCUCGUCGCGGCCCACCUCACCACCGGUUCCGACGACGCCAAGCCCGUCGGGGCCGAGCUCUCCCGCCUGCUCCCCUACCUCGGCCGCGACGAGCUCACCGCCGUCGUCCUCCGCACGGGCCACUCCCACCCGCUCCCGACCCUCCGCUUCCUCCUCGCGCUCCCGCCGCCGGUGCAGCCGUCGCCUCCCCACCUUGCCUUCCUCGCGAGCUCCCUCGCCUCCUCCGGCCUCUUCUCCCAGGCGCUCCACGCGUUCUCCAGCCUCCUCCAGCUCCACCCGAGCCACGACGCCCUCCCCACGCUCCUCCGCUCCAGCGCCACCGCGCCGCACCCCUCCCUCCCGGGCCUCCUCGUCAAGGCCCUCCUCCGCCACGCUCGCCUCCGCGACGCGCUCCGCGCCGCACUCCGCGCGGCGGCCGCGGGCGUCCCGCCCGACGCCGCGGCCUUCAACGCCCUCCUCGCCGCGCUCUCCCGCGCGGGGCAGUUCGAUGACCUGUGGGCCGCGCACGCCGUCAUGGCGCGCGCCGGGGUGCGGCCCAACGCACACACGUUCAACAUCCUCGUCGCCGCCCUGUGCCGCGGGGAGGACGCCGAGCGCGCGCAGGGGUUCCUCGAGGAGCUCGAGGAGCAGGGAUUCGAGCCGGACGUUGUCACCUAUAACACCCUUCUCUCAGCCUACUGCCGCAGGGGAAGGCUGCAAGACGCGCUCCACCUGUUCGACGUAAUGCCAUACAGACGUGUGCACCCAGACUUGGUCUCUCAUACAGUUGUAAUGGAUGCACUCUGCAAGGCCGGGAGGUUGAGAGAUGCUCAGCGGCUGUUUGACAGGAUGAUCCAGAGUGGGCUGAGCCCUGAUGCUGUUGCUUAUAGUGUACUUAUCACAGGAUACUGUGGCGAAGCGAGGUUAAAGGAGGCAAGGUUUCUGCUGAUGGAAAUGGUCAGGAGUGGGCUCUCAUCAGAAGGGUUUGCUCUCAAGGUUGUCAUCGAAAGUCAUGUAAAACUUGGUAAGCUGCUCACCUGCUUGAACAUGGUGUCACCUAUAAGAAAGUAUGGUGUUGUCAUCCCAUUGCAGAGUUACAUUUGCUUGAUUAGCGCAUUAUGCGAGGAUAUGCACCCUAAUGCUGCCAGGAGUUUGUUGCAUUGGAUGAUAGAGGAUGGGCACAGCCCUAACAUGGAGAUGUAUAAUAUGAUUGUGGAGUGCUUCUGCCAAUGUGGCAUUGUGGAGGAGGCUUUAGAUAUCAAGGUUGAAAUGAUCUCAAGAGAAGUGAGACCAGAUUUUAGUACUUACCAAGCACUAGUAACCUGCUUUUGCAGGUUGGGGAGGAGCUUAGACGGUGAAUCAAUCAUGAAAGAGAUGAUUGAAUCAGGUCUCCAACCAAAUGAAGCUAUUUGUGCUGCCUUGGUUUGUGGAUUCUGCAAGGAAGGUGCUCUUAAUAGGGCUGAAUUAAUUCUGAAGGCUUUUGUUCUUGAUUUCCAUGUCCAUUGCUAUGAAAGCUACAAUGCUCUGAUGAAGGCAUACUGUGCAGCCAGGAGCAGCAAAGAAUCGUUAGCAUUGCAGGACAGGAUGUUGGAACUGGGUUUUGUCCCAAGCAGUGAGACAUGCAGAUCGCUUAUACUUGGCCUUUCAAAAAGUAUUGAUCUAGUUUCUGCUGACGAUGGUUUUUCUUGCAUGAGUAACAAGCAAAAUGGUGGAAAUACAGAGUGAAUAAUGCAAAUACUAGGCUGCAUGCUAUAGCAGAUUCAUUGGUUCAAUCAAUUUUAGGUGGCAGAUUAUCUGGCAACCACAGUUUUGAGCUUUCAUCGAAGUUCCUUAUCUGCUGCUUGAUGGCCAGGUGUACUCCUUGCAAUUACAAUGGUAAACAAGUCUUAAAGUACCAGAAUUAUAACAGAGAGUAGGCUAAAAGCCUGCAACAGUUUGUAUAAGUGGAAAGGCUUUACCUGGGUUGAAAGCAAGUGAUCAUAGGCUUACGAUGAGCUAUCCAUAAUAUGAGCCUCCUAUCCAAAUAUCCAUGAUGUCUUCGUUGCACGGCCGUAUGGAUCUUGGGUUGUACUUGGUUUUGGACAUGCACUACAGAUGCGGGUACGCUACUGAGGGCAUGUACCCUUUAGGGGAUGAAUUCAAUAUCCUCACUCUCUGAAGUUGUAGUGUGGUGAGGUUAACCCAGCAUAGAGUUUAUAUAGGUUAGGACUAGCAUAUAAACUCAUGUGUUAAUUGGAUGAGGUUUCGAAGGGGAUUUGGAUAAGAGUUUUACCGUUUCAUAAUUGCAGAAUGAUGUUUUGCUUCUGCUGCUGCACAGAGGACAGAGCAAGGUGAUGAACCAAAAGCCAAAAUCAGCAUCUGAUGUCCAUCAUAUUGCUCCUACCCUUAUCCAGUGACUCCAAAACCCAGGCGGAAUGGGCACGAUCGCUGCUGGAGUACAACGAAUUCCCAUGCGUCUUAUCACAUUCUCACGUGACCCAAGUCCAAUGUGAGUGUCUGUUCUUGAAUCUUUCCUCGACCAAGAAGAAACUGUGUUGUAGAACAUAAACGGGCGUAGGAAACUACCAAGAGGAAAGAAUGAAGUAGUGCUUUCCACAUAGGGGAAAGUUAUGCAAUUUAGUUUACAUACUUAUAAUUUUUCAUGUUAGUUUCAUCUGUUACUUGGUUAGGUUUUCUUGAAUGAAAAACAUCAAAAUCGUUCUGACCUACUAGUAUCUUGUCUUGUCACGCAUGUUAUCAGUUAGUAAGUGGCUUGCACUUUUUUAGAUUGUUCUCAUGGUCAGUAGCACCUGAGCAUAAUGGGGAUUCCAACCAAUUGGACGAUAGAGAGAUGUACAUGAGGUUGCAUACUUCAUUUUUAGGAUGUUUGUAAUCAGUUUAAUUUGUUUCUUCUGAAAAGUGUUGCAUCUUUUCAUUGAAAGUCAUAUUACUAUAAUAACAUGUUAAAU